AUGUCUGUGACCUUCGCGAAUUCUACACAUUUGUAUCUAACAAAGGAUCGCCAGGCAACAGCUGCUUGUUUUAUGUUUAUUUCUGCAUUAGGUUCCUAAAAAAAUGAUCCUAACACUGUAUAAAGUCGUUUGAUGUUACUAGAAUCAUUUAGUUUACCAAAAAAAUACUAUUUUUUAAGAUUCUUUUGUUUACACGAUUUUUGAGCGAAUAUUUUGUUAGUAAACAACCGAAAAAUACAGUGACAGUGAACGCAGUGAGUGAAAGUCAUUAUUUCUGGGUCCUUCGAGCCGGAAUUGUGAUAUUGACAUAGUUUUAGCAAAUGAAAAUUACGUAACACUUUUAGAAUCGAAGAAACUAAUUCAAAAUGGGUUUUAAAUUAACCAUAGAGGUUCCCUUGUUUCUAUCCACAGUUGGGUUUAUGCUUACAAUGAGCGUGAACAGCAAUCUGCUGAUUUACCGAACAUGCUACGCUUAUCUGCAUUACAACAAGACAGAAUGCGCCAUGCUUGGCAUGGUCAGCAACAACAUCACUGAAUACUUAGAGAAAAAAGUCGAACCAUACUCAGACUAUAUUAGUCUUGUUAAAAACAUCAUGGAUUCAGUCUUAGGAUCCAUUCUAUGCCUGUUCAUAGCUCCAUGGAGCGAUAAAUUUGGUAGAAAACCAAUCCUGGUUAUUGGACUUCUUGGUGGAGUGCUGUCUCUAGGUCUUCAUAUCUUAUUCGCUGCUCUAGAAAACCUAACACCAUGGUUUCUGUUGGUUCUUAGUCUACCUGUUUUAAUAACAGGUGGAUCUGCUACAUUUAUGACAGUGUUGUCAGCGUAUUUGACAGAUUCAACGACAAAAGAAGAGAGAGGGUUCAGAAUGGGCCUUUUUGACGUAGUGAUGACAUCUGCUGUGCUAAUAGGAAACACUGCCAGUUCGUAUGUUUUGGCUGCUACGAGUUACGUUAUGGUGUACUGUAUAGCGGCUGUAUGUCAUAUUAUAGCCUUAAUUUUUACCACGUUGUUUAUAGCAGAAUCUCUACAUGAACGUGAUACAGGGAGCAAAAUUCUUGGCUUCCUCAACACGUCCAACGUUUUGGAAAUGUUCAAGACCCCAUUCAAAGCCAGAGUAAACUCGAACAGGAAAAUCCUGCUUCUGAUUAUGCUCACUCUGUGGUUGACUGAGUUUGCUAUGGGGGGAGCCAGUUUAGGCUUCCUGUUUUUAAGGGAAAAAUUUCAUUGGACCUUGAAGCAAUUCACGUGGUUCAUUAGUGGAACGAAUAUAUUGGGUAUUAUAGGUACGCUUUUUGUGGUGUAUUUACUACACACAGUACUGAAAAUCAAGGAAUCAGUAUUAAUAGUCAUGGGAUACAUGUUCUCUGUUGCGUCGUUUAUUCUAAGUGGUGCAGCCAUCAACGACUGGGAAAUUUAUUUAGCUGCUGUGAUAAACUUGCCAGCUUCUGGCAUGAAUGCUCUGACCAGAUCGUUGUUAUCCAAGAUGGUAAAGGAAGACGAAAUAGCCAAGAUAUUCUCAGUUAUCAGCAUUAGUUCCAGCAUUAUAGAUCCAAUAAGUUCCACUGGAUACACUGCAUUAUACAAUGCUACAAUCAACACCGAUGCAGGCCUGUUCAAUUUUGUAUCAGCCGCCAUUUUUUCAGUUGGAGUGGUGAUUUUCUCAAUAAUUGUAAUAAUACAAAGGAAAUCUCCAACCGUAGAAUACACGAUAGUACCAGAAGAAAGUGAAGAAACACACAAUGACCAAGUUAAUAGUACAAUAAUUACAGAUGAUAUUACUGUUAUACAGUAGCAAAUUUAUACACAAUAAUUGCUCAUUUACAUAAUAACUAUUAAAAAAAAUUAAGGAAAACAAAUUUUGUGCAAUAGAUUUUGAAUUAUUUUUGAACUGUGAUCUGAAAUUUGCGUGAUAUUUUUUUAGGUAUAUAUGAUAUAUUGUUGAUUUAAUUAUGACAGAUUAUAUUCUUAAAUGUAUAUAUUAUGUAGAUAUACAAAUGUUAGAAUAUACACAU